CUAUUGGUUUCCUCUUCAAUGCUGGGUUGGACAUCUCUUCCAAAGCAACACAGCGGAGCUUAGAGCAUCUCUGCAUCGGCCUAUCUGGCUAAAAACUGGGAAAUGAAGCAGAACUCCAACGUCCCGGCCUUCCUGACCAAGCUCUGGACCCUGGUGGAAGAUGCAGACACAAAUGAGUUUAUUUGCUGGAGCCAGGAAGGCAACAGCUUCCUGGUGUUGGAUGAACAGCGCUUCGCCAAGGAGAUUCUCCCCAAGUUCUUCAAGCAUAACAACAUGGCCAGUUUCAUCAGGCAGCUGAAUAUGUAUGGAUUCCGGAAAGUUCUGCACAUCGACACAGGCCUGGUAAAGCAGGAAAGAGAUGGACCCGUAGAGUUUCAGCACCCAUACUUCAAGCAUGGGCAGGACGAUUUGCUGGAAAAUAUUAAGAGAAAGGUUUCUAACGGCCGUCCUGAGGACCAUAAGAUCAGACAGGAGGACCUGACCAAGAUCUUAGCGGGUGUCCAGAGUGUUCACAGCAAACAGGAGAACAUCAACGUCAGACUGGGCACACUCAAGAGGGAGAACGAGGCUCUGUGGAGGGAAAUCUCAGAUCUGAGACAGAAACAUUCUCACCAACAACAGCUCAUUAAAAAGCUGAUACAUUUCCUCAUUACACUAGUACAGAGCAACCGUAUUCUGAACCUGAAACGGAAAAGAUCAAUUCUGAUGGACAGUGAGAAGAAGGCCAAAUACAUCCAUGAGAUUUAUGAUGAUCCGGUGCGCGUUGAACAGACGUCUGUCAGCAGUCUGCACCAGGUGAAGCGCUCUGAUGAUGAUGUGACUGUCUACGACCUGACUAAAAACGAUGAAGACGCGAGCUCAGAGAUGGAAUCUUCUCAGGACAGUGAUAUAGAAAUAGUGGAGGUAGAAAUGAACAGCUCUGGAGAUCUACCAGCACAGAUGGAGGUCAGCUCUACCUGCAAGGAGGACGUCCAGCAGGUAGAGGGUGGAGCAGCAGCUGUGAAGCAGAGAAGCAGCAGUGCUCUUCAGCUGAAUGCUCCCUCUGCUCUGAGGGCUGAGGAUCCAGUGAAGAUGAUGGACUCCAUGAUGAAUGAGAAUGGAGCAAUUUCACAAAACAUCAGCCUGCUUGGCAAGGUGGAGCUCAUGGACUAUCUGGACAGCAUAGAUUGCAGUCUGGAGGACUUCCAGGCCAUGCUGUUUGAGAAGCAGCACGGUCUGGAUUAUGAAGCUGCAGAGGAAAGCGUGUCAAGAAAAGAGAAUAUCACCCGGCUAACUAAAGCCAGGCCAGAACAGGACGAUGGAACUGACAAACAGCUGAUCCAGUACACCUCCUCUCCACUGCUGGCCUUCCUGGAUGGCUGUGUCCCUCCAUCAGAGGUGGAGCUUAGCACUGCUAGCCCUGCAGACACCGGCUGCUCCCGUCCACAGCUUUCCUCCAGUUCUGGAACAUCAGCGGCAGCCGAACCGCCCAUAUGCCUGCUGGAUGCCAGCUUAGAGCCCCACGUGCCCCCCCGCAGCUCCUUGAUUCGCCUGGAGCCAUUGACCGAGGAGGAGGCCAGCGAAGAGACGCUCUUCUACCUGUGUGAACUGAGUCCUGCUGAGCCUAACCCCACGCAGCUGAGUGGGGUUUAGAUUUGGACAGAGAGCCCGACCCUCUGUGGACGUUUCAGAGAUGCAGCCAUUCCUAAAGGAUUUUUACUGCAAGGAAAAAUGUUGACCUUAAAAUAAAUGUUAAAUGAAUACAAAGUGUUGCCUAGAAUGCUCAUUUCUUUGCUUUGAUCAAGUAGAGGAAGAUGAAAAUGGAGUCGUGUUGAUUUCAAGCAGCAGAUCAGCUGCAGCCGCCCCACAGACAGAACAGCCCAAUGUCUUUGUGACAAUGAGCGGAAUUUAACGCUACAUCCUGAAGGUCCUGGAGGUCUGCCGUCCUGCAGCUGUUCAGGCUGCCGCUCUCUCUUAUCCUGCCAUACUUCUUUCUUCCACUCAUCUUUCUAACUGCAGUAUGGCUCGUUGUGAAUAUAUCUAAGUGUAGCUCCUGCUCCUUUCAUGGAGUGGAAAUAUCCAGGGUAGAACUGCUGUGCUGAAUCUAGACAGCCCUCAGCCUGACAUACAUCACAACGCUUUGCAUACACAUGAAUGUUUGAAUCAGGGUCACAGCCGUCCUUCAAGAACUAGAUAACAGAUUUAUACUGAAGAAAUAAAGUGUUGGGUUAAACGCCGUGAGGUGGGCUGUACCUAUGACUGCCCCAGAGGCUGGAGCCGGUCUGGGUCCAUUCCUCUCCAUGCUGGAUAGAGAACAG